AUGGAAUUUUGUUUGUUUUGUUGUUUUGGGGGGAUGGGAUUUGGGCCGUGGCCGGCGACCCGUGUGCCGGGGCGCGUGGGGGGGCGGGGGCGCCGCGGCGGUGGUGGGGCGCUUGAGGGCCGGGGGGCAUGGGGGGGGGCGGGGGCGGGUGGGGGGGGGCUAGGGGGGGGGGAGUUGGGAGGGGGCGGUGGAGGAGGGCGACCGUGGGGGUGUGGGGGGGGGGGACGGCACAGGGGCGGGCGCCGAGGGGGGUCCGCGGUGGAGGGGGGGUGGGGGUGGGGAGGGCCGGCCGCAGUGGGCCCGGAGGGGCGGCGUGGGUGCUGCCCAGUUGGCCUGGGGGCGGGGGGGGGCGGGGGUGGUGGGGGACCCGCAGGGGGUGGGUCGGGGGUUGAGGGCCGCGUGGGGUGGGGGGUGGGUGGGUGGGUCUGGGGUGUAGGGGGUUGGGUGGGGGGGGGGAUGGUGGGGGGGGUGGGGGGGGGGGGGUUGGGGGGGGGGGUGUGGGUUCGAGUUGGGGGGGGGGUAGGGGGUGGGGGGGGGAUGGGGGGGGGGGGGGGGUGGGUGGGGGUGGCGGGGGGGGCUGGUGGUCUUGGGGGGGCGGGUGGGUGGGGGGGGGGGGGGGGGGGGGGUGUGGGGGGGGGGCAGGGGCUUAGUUGGAAAGGGCCGGGUGGGCGGGGGGAAGGUGAGGGGGGGGGGGGGGGGGGGGGGGGGGGGGGGGGAGGGGUGGCGGGGGGGGCGGGGGGUCGGGGGGGGGGCGAGGGGGGGGGAGGGGGGGGUGGUGGGGGGGGGGGGGGAGGGGGGGGGGGGGAGGGGGGGGGGGGUGGGAGGGGGAGGAGGGGGGGGGGGGGGGGGGGGGAGGGGGAGGGGGGGGGGGGGGGGGGGGGGGGGGGGGGGGGGGGGGGGGGGCCGGAACAUCACAUCCCACAAAACAACAUCGAGCAAGGGGGAGGGUGGGGUUGGUGGGUGGGCAGCGGGGGGGGGGGGGGGGGGGGGGGUGGGGGGGGGGUACUAAUAUAG